AUGGGUGCCCUGCGGCCAGAGCAGAAAGAAUGCAGCGUGAACGGGUUCUGUGUAGGUGAAGGACAGAAGGUAGGUGGGAAAGAACGCAGGAGGGUGGGGCCAGCAGGAGACUCAUGUGUGGAAAACUUAGGUUUCGCCUGCAGUGAGGACAGCAGCGCGGGACUACGGGAAGGGCUUUUCCGGGUUCCUUGUGCGCAUGUGCGGCUCCGCCCACCUCGCCAUCUUUUGUCUGGAAAUUCCGGGAGGUUUUGGCUGUCCUCAGGCUGCUCCUCAGAUCCUGGGUUUGGAUCGUGCGUCCGCGAAGCUAUGCUGCCAGAGUGCGCUAUGGGUUUACAAGAGCAACAAAAGAUGAAUAAAUCUCUGGAGUUGGUAUCAUUUGAGGAUGUGGCUGUGGACUUCACGUGGGAGGAAUGGCAGGACCUGAAUGAUGCUCAGAGGACUUUGUACAGGGAUGUGAUGCUGGAGACCUACAGCAACCUCGUGUCACUGAAUGUCCAGAUAGAUGAUGACUUUGAGGAAAGGAACCAAGAAAGUCAUGGUAGAUGCUUGCAGCAAAUUGUAGUCACCAACAGCAACACAUCAGCUGAGGAGAGAGUCGUGUUAGGAAAAUCAUUUUAUUUGAGUUCAUAUCUUGUUUUAAAUCUGAUUAUGAAUAAUGGAAAGUAUUCAGGAAAGAGACCUGAGGAGUUAUACAUAUGUCAGAAUGCAUUUCUUCCUAGAGAGCCUGAUGAGAUGCCUGCUGGAGAGAAACCUGAUGACCAUCAUAUAACUGAAAAAUUGCCCAGACAUCAUGAGCAUCUUAGUCAGCAUCCCAAUAUUCAAACUGGGAAGCAGGUUUUAGAAUACAUUGGAAAAGGGAAAUCCUCCAACACAGAGCCAACAAUAUUUACAGAUAAAAAGAUUCAUAUCGAUGAGACCACCUGGAAGUAUAAUGAAUAUGAGAAAGGCUGUGGUAAGGCAGCUGCCAUUGUCCAAGAAAUAGAUCACAUAGAAAGGAAAACUUUUCAAUGUGGUAUACAUGGGAAAAUGUUCUGUAAAAAGUCUGAACUCAGUAAACGUCAGAUUAUACACACAGGGUUUACUGAAUGUGAGAAAACUUGUAUUAAGAAAUUGUACCUUACCUCACAUCAGAGAACACCUAUACAGGAGAAGCUUUAUGGUUGUAAUGAGCAGGAGAAAAUUUUUUGUCGGAAGUCAGACCUUACAAUGCAUCAGGGAACUCACACAGGAGAAAUGUACUAUGGAAGUAUUAACUGUGGGAAAAGCUUCUGUAAGAAUUCACUCCUCAGCCAUCCUGAGAGGAUUCACACAUGUGAAAUACCAGAUGGAUGUAAUGAAUGUAAAAAAUCUUUCUACCAUGAGUCUGCACUCUCUGUAUAUCAGAGAGUGCACACAAGUGAGAAGCCAUAUAAAGAAUACAAAAAAACCUUUCACAGUAAUAAGUGUGGUAAAACAUUUCUUGAAAAGUCAAACUGCAGCAGUCAUCAGAGAAUUUGCACAGGUGAGAAACCAUGUGAAUGUGGAAAAACUUUUAGCCAAAAGUCAAGCCUCAGCAUUCAUCCCAGAACUCACAGAGGUGAGAAACCAUACGAAUGUAAGGAAAGCAGAAAAUCUUUUAACCAAAAGUCAGAUUUCAGUGGUAAUGAAAGAAUUGACACACAUGAGAAACCAUAUGAAUGUAGACAAUGUGGAAAAACUUUUAACUAUAAGUCACAGCUCUGCAUCCAUCAGAGGACUCACACAGGUGAGAAACCAUAUGAAUGUAAAGAAUGCGGAAAAACUUUUAACCAAAAAUCAAAGCUCAGCAUUCAUCAGAGAAAUCACACAGGUGAGAACCCAUAUGAAUGCAAAGAAUGUGGAAAAGCUUUUAGCCAGAAGUCACGGCUCACCAUUCAUCAGAGAAUUCACACAGGUGAGAAACCAUAUGAAUGUAGAGAAUGUGGAAAAGCUUUUAAACAAAAGCCACACCUUAGGAGCCAUCAGAGAAACCACACAGGUGAGAAACCAUAUGAAUGUAGAGAAUGUGGAAAAACUUUUAAACAAAAGUCACACCUCAGCAUUCAUCAGAGAACUCACACAAGUGAGAAACCAUAUGAAUGUAGAGAAUGUGGAAAAACUUUUAAACAAAAGCCACACCUUAGGAGGCAUCAGAGAAGUCACACAGGUGAGAAACCAUAUGUAUGUAGAGAAUGUGGAAAAUCUUUUAACCAACAGUCAAGACUCAGCAAUCAUCAGGGAAUUCACACCACUGAGAGACGAUAUGAAUGUACAGAAUGUGGAAAAACUUUUAAUUGAAAGUCACACCUUAGCAGGCAUCAGAGAAUUCACACUGGUGAGAGACGAUAUGAAUGUACAGAAUGUGGGAAAACUUUUAAUCGAAAGUCACACCUUAGCAGGCAUCAGAGAAUUCACACUGGUGAGAAACCAUAUGAACAUUAAGAAUGUGGAAAAGAUUAUAGUGAAAAGUUAUACUUCAGCAUUCAUCAGAGAAGUCACAGAAGUGGGAAACCAUAUGAAUGUAAAGACUGUGGGAAAGCUUUUACCCAAAAGUCACACCUCAGCAUUCAUCAGAGAAGUCACACAGGUGGGAAACCAUAUGAAUGUAAAGACUGUGGGAAAGCUUUUGCCCACAAGUCAGACAUCAGGAAGCAUGAGAGAAUUCACACAGGUGAGAAACAAUAAGAAUGUAGAAAAUGUGAAAAAACUUAGGGAAAAGUCAAACCUCAGCAUUCAUCAAAAGCCACACGGUGAGAAAACAUGAAUGUAAAGACUGUGGAAAAACUUUUAGGAAAAAGUCAAAUCUCAGCAUUAUCAGAGAAAUCACACAGUUGAGAAACCAUAUGAAUGUAGAGAAUGUGGAAAAACUUUUAAUCAAAAGUUAAACCAUAGCAGGCAUCAGGGAAUUCAAACAGGAGAGAAACCAUGUUGCGGGGGUGCUCAUGUUGUCCUCCUGCAGACCGAGAAGGAGAAGGAGCUGACAGGAUUACCCCCAGUGUUGGGACUGAGGGAUCUCAGGGAAAAGUGAGCCUGCUGCCCGCCAACCCACCCCCAUGAAAGAGACACUCAGACACGGUGGGGGUUCUGUCAAGGCAGUUCCACUUUAUUGCCAUUACACUGCAAUUUAUAUAAGCAAGCAAGUAGGGGCUUUCCAUGAACUAACCAAUCAAUUAAAGGAACAUGCGGGCAUGCAUUUUGUACUAACAUGUUGAGCAUAGCGAUCACGCAGGGUUCAUGAGUACAUAAAUAGUGGAGGACCAAUAAAAAC